AUGGUAUUCCCAGAAUUCGCUGUUCACUGCUGUAGACAUCCCCGCGCAGCCUACAUGGGAAUAACCGAACACAAAAACGAUGAAGUGAAUCUCCUAGUGCCUGUGCUGGAUAGAGUUGCUGACGAGCCGAAAUACAACUUGUCGGUGUGUCUUGCGCCAAUAUACGGGAAUGACAGCAAGUGGCUCUUGCUAGUGGAACUGAUUGAGCAUUAUAAAUUGCAAGGUGUACAGCAUUUAUACAUUUAUGUAAAGGAUAUCGAUAAUUAUUCUCGCAUGCUUGUUGAGGACUAUGAAAGAAGUGGGGAGAUUGAAGUUGUGUAUUUGAGAAGAGAGAACGAUAGAUUCGGAAGUGAAUGGCAGCUCGCUGGGAUAGAGGACUGUCUGCAACGGAGUCGGCACCAUUCCCGUUAUGCUAUAUUUACGGAUUUAGAUGAAAGAAUUUUGGCGCUAGGAGACCAGACCCUUGCCGAAUACGUGCAGAAAGCGAUGACCGAAAAGCCAAAUAUAGGGACGCUUACUUUUCAAAAAACCAUUGUAAUGCGUACGAGAAACCCACCAACUAUGUAUGAGGGAGAGCAAACAGUGAAGAAUCACUUACCAACAUUGGUUUUUCACAACACAUCAGCUCCUAUCAAAGAAGGAGGAAAAUGUGUUGUAGAUCCGCGACGGGUGCUGCUUAUGUGGAUUCAUGAAGCAUACUUGUAUUUUCCCGGAUUUGAGGGUGCGCCUGUUCCUCCGAACCAAGCUCUCAUAAGGCACUAUCGCAUCAAUGCUGGUGCCAGGUGGAUUGCAAGGAUGCAGAACAACAAACGAUUGAGACGUGAGAACUUCACAUUGACAGACUAUCCGGAAAAGUUGAUGAAAUUACUAUACACUAGUGUCGAAAAGCGUCUCGCAAGAGUUUACCCCGUCAAACAAUCGCUGCUUAGUCUGUUUAUGAAUACUAUCAGUGAUUUCAUUAACUGA